AUGCCUUGGUUAGGCGCUUACUUCGCUAUCGAACUUCACGCUACGGCAACGUUUUUCGUGCAAUCUGAAUUGACCUUGAAAUCAUUGUCAAUGUCAACACUCGCAAUCACUCCAGCCAGGACAAGAAAUGCCAAACCAGCCUCGAUUCUGGUCGGAUGGGAUGAAAAUGAGCCAGCGAAUCCACAUAACUGGUCCACGAAAUACAAAUCAUGGAUAACCUUCCAGCUGGGAAUGCUGGCCAUGGCAGCUAGCUUGGGAUCAAGCAUUAUCGCCCCUGCUGAAUCGACGCUUGCGGACCACUUCAGCAUCAGUCAUGAGGUGGCUGUCCUUUGCAUCUCGCUGUAUAUUAUCGGAUUUGCCUUUGGACCGCUCUGCUGGGCGCCUUUCUCGGAGCUAUGGGGUAGGCGAUUGUCUUUGCUCCCUCCUAUGGUCGGGCUUGGGCUUUUUUCAAUAGGCACUGCCACAAGUCAAAAUAUACAGUCGGUGCUGAUAACGAGAUUUUUCGGUGGGCUAUUUGCUUCAUCCCCGGUGAGCAACGUAGGGGCAAUCAUGGGCGAUAUCUGGGCACCCAAGGCUCGAGGAACUGCAGUCGUGUUCUAUGCCCUCGCUGUCAUCGGGGGACCUACUUUGGGUCCUACUAUUGGCGCCGCCUUGGUCGUAAAUCCUCACCUUAGUUGGCGUUGGACUGAGUACAUUCAAGCUAUAUGGACUUUCGCUGUCACUCUUGUCGCGAUUUUCAAUCUGCCAGAAACGUAUAGCCCGGUACUGUUACAGAAUAAAGCGCACCGCCUGCGUAAGGAGACUGGGAAUAAGGCAUACUACCACACCCAUGAGAUGACCAAACUGUCGCCAAAGACUAUCAUCACCAAGCACCUCUCACGACCCUUGCUAAUGCUAACCACAGAACCAAUGGUCACAUGCAUAGCCUUAUAUGCUUCAUUCGUAUACGCACUACUAUACAUGACAUUGGAGGUCUUUCCCAUAGUCUUCCAAGAAGAACAUGGGUUUGGUUUGGUGGAGAGUUCAUUACCGUUCCUUGCACUGUUUGUCGGUGUGAUUUUCGCAAUGUUUGUCAACUUGGCAAAUCAACCCCGAUAUGCGAGGCUUGUAGACGCCGCGGGAGGUAAGCCAGUACCAGAGGCUCGGUGUGCACCGAUGGCCAUUGGGGGAGUUAUUUUUGCCAUUGGGUUAUUCUGGUUCGGCUGGACAGCUGACCCCAAGAUUCAUUGGAUUGCGCCCGUCCUCGCCGCGGUGUUUAUCGGUGCCGGCUUUAAUAUCAUCUUUCAACAGUGUAUGAACUUCCUCAUCGACACAUAUCAAUUAUAUGCGGCAAGCGCAGUUUCCGCCAAUACCUUUCUCAGGAGUGCGUUGGCAGCUGCAUUUCCUCUGGUGGCAUCACCAAUGUUUCGUAAUUUGGGAGUUGGGCCAGCCAUGUCCCUAGUGGGAGGCAUCGCUGUUCUUGCCAUCCCAGUUCCAUUUAUAUUCAUCAAAUACGGGGCGACCUUGAGGAGAAGAUCCGAAUUUGCGCCAAUUGAAGAAUAG